AUGCUGCUGCUCUUUGUGACAUUUCUAGGAUGCUGGUCCGGAAGUUUGUCACAGGGAGCGGGUAAAGUGAAAGGUGUACUGGGGAAAAAUGUGACGCUGGAACCAACCAUUGACAUUGCAUCAUCUGGAAACUUGGUGACCAUGACAUGGACCUUCAAAAAUGCGGACAACGACAUAGUUAUAUACACUGGAUUAUCGGGUAGUGAGAGAUACGAUACGAAGUACGUGAAUAGAGCUAAAUGUAACAAGACCACCGGCGUCUUGCGGCUCUCCGGGUUAACCAAGGCUGAUAAUGGAGACUAUACCCUGAGUAUAGUAGGUACUGACAAUUCAAUUGCGGACGCUAUCGAACUGGAGGUACUUGAGCCUGUCUCUGGUGUGAAAAUUAUGUCCAGUCUUUCGGAGGCAGUUGAGUUUAACAGUACAGUUGUACUGAACUGCACAGCUAAGGGCUCUUACAUCACCUACAAAUGGAAGAACGGCUCCAGUUCCCUGCAGGGAGACGGCACGCACAUCCAGCUGAGCUCGAAUGGACAAACUGUCACUGUCAACAACGUUUUCCGCACAGACCUCCAAGGUCCAAUCUACUGCAUCGCCGAAAAUCCACUGGAAUCAGAAACGAGUGCGCCCUUCAACCUUACUGUGAGCUAUGGGCCUGACAACAUCGUAAUGACUGUACAGCCAAUGCAGACAACCCUUAAGAAGGGAUCAAACCUGACGCUGACUUGUUCGGCACAGUCCAGUCCGGCUGCCAGCCUGCAGUGGAUGCAUAACGGAGCUGACUUGAAGCAGGAGACCGGCAAGCUGACCCUCGCCAACCUUCAGGAAAAAGACAACGGGAACUACUCCUGUGUAGCCUACAACAGCAAAACCAAGCGCUAUGCCACCAGCGCGGUUGCCGUGGUUACCGUCAUAGAGGCCUUGUCUGGCACAAACAUCACGGGUCCCAGCAUGCCUCUCAUUGCAGGCAAGAGUACGGCGAACCUCACUUGUGAGGCUGCCGCCGGAAAAGCCACCAAAGUCAUGUGGCUGAAGGACGGAAAACCUCUGUCCCUCAGCAACCGCGUGGCCCUCACGGCGGAUGAACACACCCUGACAUUCAGCUCCUUGGAGAGGACAGAUAACGGCAUGUACAAAUGCGUGCUGAGUAACGCUGUUGGAGAGAGCUCUGCACAGUUCAGACUGGACGUGAACUUUGGCCCGGAGGAAAGCAAAAUCAGUGGACCGGAAGCGGUGGAGAUUCACGAUCCCGUGCUUUUAAAUUGUUCGGUCCAAUCCAAACCAACCGCCACCUACACCUGGACUCUUAAUGGUACAGUGAAGGACCAGACCUCAUCAGUGUACACCAUCAACAACCCCAGCUACAAGGACAGUGGGACCUAUGUCUGCACAGCCUACAACCCCGUCACUGGCCGUAACCAGUCAGCCACACACGUACUCUCUGUGAAGGAGGAAGGGGCACUGGAUGAAGAAGGCCUGUCAGGUGGCGCCAUUGCGGGAAUUGUGAUCGCCUGCGUUAUAGUCAUAGUCGUUAUCGCCUGUGUCGUCUACUGCAGGAGAAACAAUUCAGAGGAUGGAGAUUCAGCAGAGUUUGAAGAAACCCUCAUAGGGCAGUUUCCAAAACUUAAGGAGGAGGGAGGGUUCGACCUCUUAAAAUCAGUCAGUGGUAAUAGCAAAGCCUUGGAAAUUGUCAAAUAUCCAGACUCAGGAUACUCUGCUAAGUACAUCAGAGAGCAGGCUUUUGUCAGAUCUGGAAUCAGCUAUAUCCACCCUCUUCAACAAGAUCUGGAUAACACUGUGGCCCCGGUAUGA